UCUGAGCGCAGCCAAUGCGAUUAGAAUUUAGAUUCGUAUGAAUUGUUUUGGUUCAAAUGAACAAUAAUGCAAAAAUAUAUUAAUAAAUACUUUUUUAUCAUUUUGUCUCUUUUGCCUCUAGGUGGCGGUGCGGUGAUGUACAGUAUUCAGUUUUCCGCUGCACGGGAAGAAGAAACACGAACUAGCCGCGCGCUUUGUGUUUACGUUUCGCGAGCUUCGAGAUAGUUUUCAAGACAAUAAUGGCAGUAUUCUUGAUCCACGUGAGCUACAAAAUAUCCCUUGCCUCAUAAAUGUGUUAUGUAAGUAGGAAUACGUGCGGUCGUGCUAGAUACGUCUAGCCUGCAUCGCGGGAAUUAGCCUGCUAGUCCAUCACGUCUGUAUACGUUUGACAUAUAAGAAACUUCUCUGUGUAUGGAACCGCUCCCGAUCAGAUUAUGUCGGGUUAAUGAGUAUUUUGAUCUGACUUCAAAAGUUCCCUAACGUUGCUCUCAGUAAUGGCAGGUUCCGCAGGUCGCAGUGACAGCGGGUCCGGAUCUAUUCUGCAUGCCGCGCUUCAGCAGCUGUCGGGGGCAUUGAAUCUUUCCUUAACCCUCGAAUGCCCGCUAUCCGUGGCCGUCAUCGCUGUUGACCGCUACCUGAGUCUACAUCCCACCCCUGAGAGCUACAGCUACGACCUGACAGUCACGGACGGCCGGUUGAGGGUAAAGUUUCAGCUGGCGGAGAGUCUGAUCCGGUGGGUAAAGAACGGGUCGCUGCGGUGCGGUGUCGGUGUUCGUCUGUGCCGUCUGUCAGUUGUCCACGAUGAGACGAGACUGGGUCACAGUUACCUGAGGAUAGACGGCAUCCACAGCAUCACGGAAAUGUCUGAAAUGUUUGACAACAUUAAAGAUGUGGAUAACAUCCCGCAGUGGUUUCGGGAUGAUGUGAUUCGCACUAAUGGACCUCUGCAGCUGACUAGAAAACAUUAUUUAUCGUUGUGGAUAAACGAUGAUCCUCACGGGAGUGUGUGGAUUGCCAACAGCCCGCCGCCACACGUGGUUUUAGAUGUGUCUAAUAUUACUUUGCUUGGGGAUCUGGAAGCAUUCCUUCACAGCUCCAAACGUCCUCUACCACUUCUGGUCCGAAUUCUGCACAGAUCCAGAAUCCGGUAUUAUGGAAAACCUGGACAAAAUAUUGACUUCCCAUUUCAGGUGUACUAUGAGGUGGCUGAUCAGAGUGGCAUUAUGUCAAUGGUUUUAUGGAAUGAACUUUGCCCUGAAUGGUUCCAUCGGCUAACAGUUGGCUCGGUUCUGUACUUGCAGCAAUUUGCUGUAAAACCCAGUUAUCAGAAACGCUCAAGGCCGCAGAUCAGCAAUCUUUCACUGAUGACAUUCCGCUCCAUCGAGAUCAGCUUGAAUCCUCGAAGUCCAGCAACUGUAGUGACAGUGGUUCCACCAAAAUGUGUUCAGCCUCAGUGGGAUCUUCCUGAUGUCCCAUACAACUUUACCUCAAGGUCAGAAGUGGAAGCCAACAGUAACCAUGCCUGUGACAUCAUCGGUCUGGUGACUUAUGUAGGCCGGCUUGAACGAAUCAGGAGCAAAGAAAAGUCAGGACCGGAGAAAUACUGGGCAUAUCGGUGGGUACAUGCGGUGGAUGGGACAAGUGACUCUCCUUUUAUACUGGAGAUCUUUUCUUCAUCCCAGCCAGAGAUCUUCAGCAAUAUCUGCCCCAUGACGUAUCUGGUGUGCACUCAAAUGAGGGUGUGUCAGGAGGCGGGUCGUUUUGUCUAUUUGACCAGCAGCGCAGAGACUCAGCUCUUCAUCACAGGCUGUCAUAAAAAGCAGCCGUAUGUGAAUGAGCCAAAGGUAAAAGCAUUCAUCCAGUGGACAAAGACACUUAAAGACAGUGUCAUGCUGCAGAAGACUGCUGUCGGAGGACACUACAGCUACCCCCCUGCCCCACCCACCUUCACCCCGACCACCAAAACCAACACAGCCAAUGAGACAUCAAUCAUAGCAGUUGCUGAACUGAAGGGGGAGCUAGAGAGUAUGCAGUACAGAGAACAUAAGAGAGUGGCCAUACAGGGCUAUGUGGUAGCUGUGCAGUACCACUCCUGGCCUCCAGGAGAUCAACAACCUGGAGUCAAUGCUGCACAAGAAACAUCACAAAGUCACCAGCAGCAAGAAGUAAGUAAUGCUGGAUCGUUUAGGCAUCACAUCACGAUAGACUCAACCUCUACUGAUUCAGAUUCUGCGAUUCCACCCAAACGCAAGAGACUGCUCUCAAGUCAGGCUGGCUUUACCUCUCAUGUGGAAGAAGAGCCUGGUAAUGAAGCAGAACUGGAAGAAGAGGAGUCUGAGAGUGAAGAUGAACACAUGCCGAUCAGACAUUCAGCAGCAAGAGAAGUGAUUGACCAGAGGCUACAUGGUUCUCCAUAUGCACAAGCUGCAAGCCAACCUGCAGCAUUAUGGGAAAGCAGCAUAUGGCCACUGGUGAAGCAAAAUGUGACGGAUCACUUCUGUUGUGGCAGACUGGAUGAAGGAAGCAUUGCCGAAAAAUUUCAUUUUGAUGACCGUGAAGUUCUGCUUCAACACCUGAACCUGUGCCCAGCUAAAUGGACACCAGAUCUUACCCCACAGACACAUACUCACACACCUGUUGCCUGCACCGGCUACUUCAUACUCACAAUACUGGGCCUUAAUCAAAAGGCUGCAGUAGAUAUUCUGUUUUUGCCUGUCGUUACCCUCGAUGACCCCAGAGCUGCUGGAGUGCCCCAUAGUCACCAUGACAACUCUCUGCUGUCCUGUUUGACAACAGGACACGUGUAUGUAGAGCCAGACGGUACCUGCCCUGAUCCAGGGUCGUUGAUGAGUUCUGCCCCUCAGAUGGAGUCAGAACGCGUGGUGUGUAUCAUUGAUCUGUGUCUGCUUGGAGAGAACAGAAUAGAAACGAUCUGCUCUAAACUGUACAGAACAGCAGACAUCUGCCAGCCCGAGAGCACUUAGAGAAGCCACACGUCAUGAAAAUCAGGUGUAAAUGAUUUAUGUAUGAAUGUUAAUACACCAGGAUGUAGAAAUGUUGGUCAGCGCUGAUGCUAAUAUAAUUUUUCAUUUUAAAUGCUUUUGUUUGAAUAGCCCAAAAGCUAAUUUGUUUAAAUAUUUUAUUUUUUUGUAAUUGAAUAAUAUGUGCAUUGGUUUUGUAUAGUUUGUUUUAGAAAACUUUAU